CACAAAAUAAAAGUUUCAUCUCCACUGCCUGACCCGACCCACUUCUACUCCUAACACCCCGCUGCUUUUGCUAAAUCUCCUCCUAAAACGAUUCCCUCCGCCGUCGCCUGAAUAAAAUUUACCUCCGCCGUCGAUUUCGCGACUCCGUCACGGGCAGAGUCACAGACACAGAAACAGACACACUCAAGCACUGAAAUAUCUUCUUCAGCCAUGGUUCAAAAUGGAGCAGUGGGUGUGGAGAGAGUAUUCAUAGGAGGAGGAUGCAAUCGAAUUGUUAACAAUGUUUCCUGGGGUGCCUGUGGUUUAGUUUCAUUCGGCUCUCAAAACGCCGUCUCCAUUUUUUCUCCUCAGACUGCGAAGAUAUUAACUACGCUACCAGGUCAUAAAGCUUCAGUCAACUGUACUCAUUGGCUUCCAAGCAACAAGUUUGCAUUUAAAGCUACUAAUUGGGAGAAACAUUAUCUACUCUCUGGAGAUGCUGAAGGAGUCAUCAUUUUAUGGGAGUUCUCUCUAUCAGAAAACAAGUGGAGAAAUGUAUCACAACUGCUGCAAUCACACAAGAAAGGAGUCACCUGCAUUACUGCAAUUCUGACAUCUCAAACUGAAGCAGUAUUUGCAUCCACCUCUUCUGAUUGUGUGCUUAACAUUUGGAAAAUAGUCUUACCUUCUUUUGGAGGUGAAUGUACAAUCACAUGCUUGGAUUCCCUCUCUACUGGUUUAAAACCAAUGGUUACACUUUCACUAGCAGAAUUACCAGGAAAUCCCACACAUCUUAUUCUAGCAAUGGGAGGACUUGACAACAAGAUUCAUUUAUAUUGCAGUGAUUCAACACGAAAAUUUGUUCGUGCAUGUGAGUUAAAAGGCCAUACAGAUUGGAUCAGAAGCUUAGACUUCUCAUUACCUGUAGAAACAAACAAUCUUCUCCUUGUAAGCUCUUCUCAAGAUAAAGGCAUACGCAUAUGGAAAUUGUCUUUAUGCAAUUUAGACAAAAAGAAAGCAGAAAACAGCUUGGCUUAUUACAUAAAAGGGCCUGUAUUUGUAUCUGGUUCUUUCUCCUAUCAAGUGUCUUUAGAAUCUCUUCUCAUUGGUCAUGAAGAUUGGGUAUAUUCAGUCGAAUGGCAACCACCUUCUUUAUCAUGUUAUCAACCUCAAAGCAUCUUAUCUGCAUCAAUGGACAAAACUAUGAUGAUAUGGCAACCUGAAAGAACAACUGGUAUCUGGGUGAAUGUGGUUACUGUUGGUGAGUUAAGUCAUUCUGCUUUAGGGUUUUAUGGUGGACAUUGGAGUCCAAAUGGUGAUUCUAUAUUGGCCCAUGGUUAUGGUGGAUCUUUCCAUUUAUGGAAAAAUGUUGGUGAUGAUAUUGAUAAUUGGAAACCCCAAAAAGUUCCAUCUGGACAUUUUGCUGCAGUGAUGGAUGUUGUGUGGGGUAGGGGUGGUGAUUAUUUGAUGUCAGUCAGCCAUGAUCAGACCUCUAGAAUAUUUGCUUCAUGGCUAAAUGAGGCGAACACUUGGCAUGAAAUUGCUCGCCCUCAAGUUCAUGGUCAUGAUAUUAAUUGCUUAACAAUCAUUAAAGGAAAAGGGAAUUAUAAAUUUGUAAGUGGGGCUGAUGAGAAAGUUGCUAGGGUUUUUGAAGCUCCAUUAUCGUUCUUGAAAACAUUAAAUCAUGCAACUUCAUGUCUACAUGAUUUUGAAGACUUGCAAGUUGAUGAUGUUCAAGCAUUAGGGGCAAAUAUGUCCGCUCUUGGUUUAUCUCAGAAACCUAUUUAUGCUCAAGCUUUAAGUGAAAGAACAACGGAUGGAAUUGGAAAUGAAGGUUUUGACACAAUGGAGACAAUCCCGGAUGCCAUUCCAUCCGUUUUGACUGAACCACCAAUUGAAGAGCAAUUAGCAUGGCAUACGUUAUGGCCGGAAUCACAUAAACUUUAUGGUCAUGGGAAUGAAAUCUUUUCUCUAUGUUGUGAUCAUCAAGGGAAGCUUGUUGCCUCUUCUUGUAAGGCUCAAUCGGCUUCAGUGGCGGAAAUAUGGCUAUGGGAAGUUGGUAGUUGGAAAGCAGUUGGAAGAUUACAGUCUCAUACCUUAACAGUCACUCGUAUGGAAUUCUCCCAUGAUGACAAAUAUCUUUUAGCAGUCUCAAGGGAUCGCCACCUGUCACUCUUCUCUAUAGAUCGAACAGGUGGCAUGGAUGGAAUCAGUUAUAAACUUGUAACAAGACAAGAAGCACACAAAAGAAUCGUGUGGGCAUGUUCAUGGAACCCAUCCCCAUUGACCCACCAAUUUGCCACUGGUUCCAGGGACAAAACCGUAAAAAUAUGGGAAGUCAACAAGUCUUCUUCCACUUCCACCAUACAACUAUUCAUAACUCUACCUACUUUCAAAACCAGUGUCACUGCCCUAUCUUGGACCACUCCCAUUCCCAUCAAUCCUGUUCAUAACAAUGGAAUUAUAGCAGUCGGAAUGGAAUCAGGUCUCAUUGAGCUUUGGAAUCUGUGUUUUACAAAAAACCAAAAAGAUUCAUCUCUUGUGAUCCAGUUUGAUCCGUUUAUGUGUCAUGUUUCAUCUGUGAAUCGUUUGGCAUGGAGAGAUGUGGAGAAGAAAGAUGACUGUGAGAGUAUGCAGUUGGCUUCUUGUGGAGCUGAUCAUUGUGUCAGGAUUUUUAAGUACAAUUUUGAAAGACAAAUAUGCCCUUGA